GCGCCUCUGUGCUGCCUCCUUGCUCAGAGUUUUGCUGGUUCGCUGUCCGCUGUUCCUAUUCGUCGGUUGGAGCUCUGUUGUGGAUGGCUGUGUUAUGGCGCUAGCGUCCAGUGCCCAGAAAUUGUUGACAGAAUGUUAUUGCCGGAAUGUUGCGCGGGUGCCGGAGUAAACCCGAGCCGCAUCGAAGGAGCCCACGAACCUUGGCCCGAGCGGGCUGUGAGUGAGUCUGGUGAACGAGGCAGGAGAGGCAGCUGCCCAGGACGUAAGUACAUGGCACUCGCCAUGUUGGAAUCAUCACAACGCCAGAAAAGAGUCAAGAGUAAAGAAAAGGACCUGCUCAACUCGAGGAGAUCACCUGGAACCCAGGAGACGCCGUGGCGGCAAAGAAGCACAUACCUUGAGCCUACCUCGAAGUGA